CCUGACAUUACUUUACAUGCCUAGACCUAGGUACAGUGUUUGCAUGUGUCAACGUCUUGAGAAAAGUCAACUUUAUUUUACUCUUACUAUAUUUUGUGGUCAUCACUCCCAAAUGGCUUGUCUUUAUCGAGUACCAAAUAUCGACAAAAUUCAAAUGUUUCGUUCCACGAGUAACACGGGACAGACAGAGACAAACACAACUAGCACCCCACAUACAACACACGAGAACCGAAUCGACGUUGGUUAUACAUUAACUGAAUCAAUACAAGUACAACAAGUAUACGACUGCGUCAGCAAUACAGCUACAAAGGACAUGAAAUGAAAAAAGGGGUUCAAGAGCAUUUUACUUGUUAGCUCUAGACUUGAAAGAAGCCGUGCUCGAUGAAAUCCGUCUCUCCACAGUACGGAUAAGAAACUCUCGAAUUACGAUGGCUUGGGCGUUGGUCACGCCCUCCUCGCGAGGCAUCGGGUUUGCCUUGACGAGGCAUCUCCUUUGGACGUUGCCCGCGGGCGUACCAAUCGUGGCGACGGCGAGGUCGAACGUGUCAGGCACCAAGGAGGAGCUCUUGUCGGGGUUGGAGGACGUGUCGGAUGAACAGGCUUCGCGUCUGGACGUGUGUGAAUGUGACGUCCUCUCCGAGUCCUCGAUAUCGGAACUGGCCGAGUAUUGCAAGGGGAAAUACAACGACCGAACACGAAACAAGACGGCACACCUACGUCUGGGGUUCAUGAUUCCUGGCAUGUUGGUCCCGGAAAAGGCCCCGGACAAGGUGGAAUACGAGUCGGCACUGCAGAUGUUGAAGUUGAAUCUGCUUGCUCCCAUGAUGCUCGUCAAACAUUUUUCUCGGUUCUUGCCGCGAAAAUCGGUGACUCUCGAACAGUACCAGGACGGCGGCAGCAGUCUUCUUCCACGCUCGGCCGUGUUGGCGCUCAUGAGCGCCAGGGUCGGGUCGAUCGGGGACAAUCGUCUGGGAGGGUGGUACACUUACCGGUCUUCGAAAGCUGGCCUGAAUCAGUUUGUCAAGUCGACCGACAUCUACCUGAAGAUGCAGAGUUCCGAAAACGCCAUGUGCGUGGGUCUCCACCCUGGCACCGUCAAGACCGGUCUGAGCGAGGAGUUUUGGGAAAGCACUCCCAAGGAGAAACUGUUCAGUCCGGAAUUCAGCGCGGAGAGGUUGAUCGACGUCGUCAAUGGUUUGGGGCAAGAUGGACGAGGGAAGUGUUGGGACUGGGAUGGUAAAGAGAUCCCCGCCUGACACAGACGUACACGCAUGAUUACAGAGAAUGUUACUGCGCCGUGUACUCUGUACCGUGGACGCGGUUGUCGGAAGGCUUAGUCAGACGUAGGCGAGCGCUGUGUCGAAAUGAACUGAGGUAUGAACGAAUUGCAUGCAAAUACACAGACACAAAAG